CUUUUCAACGACAAACCAAACAAUACUUAAAAUCUGCGACUGUCUGGUGCGUAGGUAGAACCAUUGAGUUCCGAAGAAGACCUUACUACCUAUGCUAAAUAGUUGUUCAGCAAACGGGAAAAACCAGAGUCAGAUUUAUUAACAAUAUCUAUUGAUCUUCCAUCAGGGAAACUUGUGGAGGACAAUAAACUAGAUUUGUACUUUACAUGCUUUUCUUCUUACACUGUUACAAGGCCCAUUAAAGUCUGAACGAACAAGAACAGGCAAGCACCAUGAGGUCGAUCUCUGUCAAACAAGCAGGAAAAGACGAUAAUGUCUGUGAGCUAACAGAAGGUCCCUUGACACCCAAAGGAGCCAUAAUGUGUCACCCUCAUAUGGACGCUUACAUAUUAUCUAUAAUAGGCUUAGAAAAACAAGUAGAUGUGCCUUCCGUGAAGCAGGCUCUGCAAUCUUCUCUUGUCAAUCAUAGGCCAUUUUGCAGCUCAAUAAAGAAAGGCAGAUGGGGAAACUACCUCUGGGUGCACAAAGAGGUCAUAGAUAUAGAGAAGCAUGUUAUAGUGCCAGCUCUCGAUCCACAAUAUAUUCAAUGCAAGGAGUUUGUGGAAGAUUACACAGCGUCCCUUGCUUGUGACCCACCUUUGGAUCCUUCAAGUCCACUUUGGCAAAUCCAUAUACUGAAUUACAGGUCAGGGGAAGCAGAAGCAAGCCUGGUUUUCAAAAUUCACCAUUGUCUAGGUGACUGUGUGUCUUUGAUGUCCCUUUUCUUGGAGUGUACGAGGAAAGUAACAGACAUGAAUUCCAUCUCCACUUUUCCGAAUGCAAAUAGAAAAGUUAACAGUAUUUCAACAAAUUGGAGAAGUUCUAACUUUUUGCAAAUAUUUUGCACUCUCAUGCAUGUGGUUUGGCUCACAUUGAAAGAUCUGGUCAAUCUUAUUGCAACGAUUUUGUGGAUGAAAGAUAGUAAAAUAUUUAGAAGGGGAAGAUCCAUUUGUCCAAAGCGGUUGGCUCAUGUCACAAUUGAUCUGCAGGACAUUGCUGUGGUGAAAAAUGCUUUAAAUUGUACAGUCAAUGAUGUAGUUGUUGGUAUGCUUUCUGCUGGAUUUGUGCAGUACAUUAAACAUCCUCAUGCAGAGGCACUAUGGAAGGGUAGCAAUGUGGACAAAGUUAUAUCUAAGCUUCGUCUUCGAGCACUAGUUGCAGUAAAUAUGAGACCAUUACCAGGCUUGCAUAGGCUUGAAUAUAUGUUAAGCAAUCCAAAACAAGCAAGAUGGGGCAAUGAGUUUGGGACGUGGUUACUUCCCAUUCCCCUAGAGAAGCAAGAGGAUCCUCUCAAUUACUGCAGGAUAACAACGGCCAAUUUGUUGAAAAAAAAAGCAUCAAUGGAGGCAUCCUUAAUGUUCUUCCUUUUGGGCCUCGUAUCACGCUUCUCUUUGGUCAAACUUGCAAUGUACCUUCUGUACAGAGUUACUUUGAACACCACCAUGGUUUUUUCUAAUGUGUUGGGCCCGGUGGAGGAUGUUCAAUUCAUGGGAAACCGAGUGACUCACAUUAUCACCACUGUUUCGUGGUUGCCACAGCCUAUUGUAAUACAUUUUCAAAGUUAUGCUAGAAAAGCAAAGUUGGUCGUAAUGGCUGCCGAAGACACGAUGCCAGAUCCUUUACAGCUUUGUAUGUAUUGUUUAGAUGCCCUAAAACAAAUGAAAGAAGCUGCCUUGAGAAGGGAGAUUCAAUAGAUGGAGUUUUCAUCUUUUACUUCCCUUGUAUAAUCCAAGAAAAGGGACAUUAGAGGGAGACAAUCACAUAUAUAUUGGUGAAUUUGAAUACCAGGCUUGCUUCUGCUUCUUCUGAUCUGUAAUUCACAUACAUAAGUUUGCCAGAGCGGGCUUGAGUGAUCCGAUCAGGGAUCACAAGUAAAGGAGGCUCUGCAUUCUUCUACAAAUUCCUAGUAUUGAGUAUGUUCUGGAUCAAAUAUUUGGCCCUAUAACAUGCUUAUCUAUAUCUAUGGCCUCUUUGUGCACUCA